AUGUCGCACAUAGCAACAAGGUUACUUUCGUCCAGCCUGGGCACUGUCACUCAUAUCUCUGUGAAUUUGCGAUUCUUCACACUUCUCUUUAUGGAGCAGAAAGAAGAGAACACGGUCUUCUCCGGCGAUUUUGAGAUGCGCUGGACUGACACAUCACUUGCGUGGACUCCGUCAGAGUAUCAAGGAAUUACGCGCACUAAUGUGUACGAAAAAAACAUUUGGACGCCUGAUCUUACGAUAUACAACAGCGUCAAUCAAGAGCCCGUGAUAGACGACGAUAGGCGACUGGCCACAGUGUCUUCUGAAGGUCUAGUCCAAAUAUCGAAUCCUUCUAUCUACACUGUUCGCUGUAAAUUAAACAUUAAAAAGUUUCCAUUCGAUCAGCAACUAUGUAAAGUGAAAUUCUCGUCUUGGGUCUAUUCGGAAGAUGAGCUUACUGUCAGUGCGCCUACACCUGAAAUGGAUUUAGAGAGCGGAGAAGAGUUGCACUACUCAGUAAAGCUGGAACGCCAUUCGACGUACUACGUCUAUGUACUAUUUUUACCUACUUUCUUAACAACAGCCCUCUGUUUGGUUGGCCUAUUUACACCCUUCAACAAUGCCGGCGACCGCGUAGAAAGAACGACACUUGGAUUGACUACUCUUCUAUCGUUGGCCGUCAUUCUCAACAUCAUUGGUGACGCUAUGCCAAAAUCGUCCACUCUACCACAACUAGCCGUUCCACAUCGAUUCUUUGGAGGAAAGGCUGGAUUUCGUUAUGGGAAUUGA